AUGGCACUGGCAGUUCCUCCUUGUCGUACGGUCCUUCCCUCCUGGGAGACUGUACCACUCCCUCGCCGUGUCAUUGGUGUUGAAAUCCCUGUCGCUGCAUUGGAUAUUGCAAUGUCCACAAACACUGCCGAAAAAGACGUGAAGACGGUCAAUGACCUUGACAGACAUGGUCAUGCACCGGAUGUCGAGAUCGCCUCAGUCGACGAUAGGCCUCCAGAGUUCAGCGAGGAGAAAGACCUUAGGUUCGCGCAGUUCUGCCCCGUGCCUAGUCAAUACAAUGGCUUGUUUCUCGGGUCUGGUAGGGCUCUCGCCAAUGGAGGACCUGCCGGUGCAUUCAUAGGGUACACCAUUACCGGCAUACUUGUUUCUGGUGUCGUUAUAAGCAUUGCUGAGCUUAGUGCCUUGGUGCCACUCAGCGGAGGUAUCAUUCGACACGCAGAAUACUUUGUCGAUCCUGCCCUAUCUUUUGCCCAGGGCUGGAACUCCAUCUACUCGUACCUCAUCACUAUUCCGGCGGAAAUUGUGGCAGCAGCAGUUAUUGUUCAAUUUUGGACUACCAUAAACAAUGCCGUUUGGAUAACGGUGUUUGGCGCAUUGUUGUUUGCCAGCAAUCUGUUUCUGGUCCGUAUAUAUGGAGAGCUUGAAUUCACCUUUGCAACACUGAAGAUUCUGCUCAUCGUGGGUAUGAACAUCAUGGCCCUUGUCAUUACGUGUGGUGGCGGACCCAACCACGAAGCAUAUGGCUUUCGGUUCUGGCAUAACCCCGGCCCUUUUGUGCAAUACCUCGGGCACGGGGGAUCCUUGGGACGAUUCAUGGGGUUUUGGACCACCUUCUCCAACGCGGUGUAUGCGUACAGCGGCGUCGAAACCAUCUCAAUGGCUGCUGCAGAGACACGAGCUCCUCGAAGAAAUAUUCCAAGAGCUGCGAAGAGGAUUUUCUGGCGAGUCUUGAUUUUCUACGGUACGCACUCUGCCGGAUAUCGCCGUGUCAGUUCUGAUGAUCUACUUAAAUCAAGCGGAACAGCGGCUGAAUCACCUUUUGUUAUUGCUGCGGAACGCGCAGGAAUCAAAGCCGUGCCUUCUAUUAUCAAUUUCGUUGUUCUCACUAGCGCUUGGAGCGCCGGUAACUCGGGUCUUCUAAAUGGUUCGAGAACAUUAUACGGACUAGCCAGAGAAGGUCAUGCGCCUAGAGUUCUCAAACGGACCAGUCGUUGGGGCGUUCCCUACCUUUCGGUCAUCGCGGUGGGAAUAUUCGUUGCAUUAGGAUAUAUGAGUUUAAGCGCCUCCGCCGCGACAGUGUUUACCUGGUUGCAGGAUUUAACUUCUUCAGCGGCGCUUGUUGGAUGGAUUGUCAUUUGCAUCGUCUACUUGCGCUUCUACUACGCGAUGAAAAAGCAAGGCAUAUCUCGCGAUGAUCUGCCAUGGAAAGCGCCGUUACAACCCUACGCCGCAUGGACUAGUUUCAUUUCGAUUAUCAUUCUCCUGUUGACAGGGGGGUAUACCACGUUUAUCCACGGACAUUGGGACACGGAAACAUUCAUCAGCGCCUAUCUCGACAUCGUCAUCGUCCUUGCUCUGUAUUUCGGCUACAAGAUUGCGAACAACACUCUGAUUGUGCCGUUAUCAGAGGCGCCAAUCCGCAAAUUCAUCGAGAUUGCACAGCAGCAGCCUGAUCCUCCAUCCACGCCGAAGGCGGGGUUGAAGAAGUUGAACUUCUUGUGGGAGUGGAUGAACAUUAGAUGCACACGCGGUAGUAAUAGCAGACAGACAUAG